AUGAUGAAAUACGUCGUGCAAAGUUUACGACCUAAUUAUGGUGAAUUGAAUAUCGUCGUUGCGGUUGGAAUUCGCAUGAUGUCGCGACGAACGGAAGGCAAAGGUGAAAACGAGCUGCGGCCGCUGCUGAACUCGGUGCCCCACAUCGUCGACCCGGCCAACCCCCUCUCCCUGCACUGCACCAGCAGCAGUCACAUUCGCCACAGUCGUCCCGGUCGUCGUUGCUCGAUGCCAAGUCCGCUCGACUGUGACCGCGCCGUCGACUUCGCUCCUUCGCUGACCCUUGGUGUAAAGGUUGAUUUUUUUCUCGAGCUUCAGGGCCAGGAACCGCUGCCACGCGUCGUCAACUACCUCGGUGCACGACUUAAGCCUCGGUGGCUAUUUCCGGCGGAAUUUACCUCAACCGUUUGA